AUGUUCGCAUCUUUCUGCACACUGGGAGCUAUUCUCUUCGUGACAUAUUCUGGGAUGCCGGAAGCUUGCGGCGAAGCUAGGGGAGAGGUCAGCUUCCGCUCCGUCUUUGGAAUUAUUGCCAGGAACAAAUGGUUCUUCGCGAACAUCACCAUCUUGGGUGCAGGUUUCUCAAUGGUGGAAGGCAUGCUUUUCCUUCUACUUCAGCAGCUGCAGGCGUCGACUUUUCUUUGUGGCCUGUCAGUGAUGGUCACCGUGAUUUUUGAGCUACCAAUCUUCGCCUACGCCAGCAGCCUACUCCGGCGGUUUGGCACGACGAAGCUCAUCUUGCUUGCGCAAUUGGCUUGGGUCGCCCGCGCUUUGUUUUACUCCCGGAUGUCUGCCGCUUGGGCUGUCCUCCUGGUGGAGCCGCUGCACGGGGUGACCUUCGCUCUGGCUUGGGUGGGUGCUAUUGACCACGUAGCGAAGCCUGCUGUGUCUGGAGAAGGUUUACAGGCAUCAUCCCAGGGAUUGCUCACUGCCUGCUUCCUCGGUCUUGGACCUAUUCUGGGUUUGCUGGGAGGAGGAUUUCUGUUUGACACUGUUGGCGGUCAUGCUGCUUACGCCAUUUUCGCCGUUUUUGUCUCCGUCUCCGGGCUCAUUUACUGGCAUCUUCCUGAGUACCUGACUGCCAAGCAUCGAGCAGUGGCAUGGCGAAGAGGCCAGUCUCAGCACGUGAUACCCAGCUGUGGUGCAAGCACAGCUUCGAGCUCCAUGGAGAAGUUUUUGACGGACCGCAUGCGCUUCGUGGAUGCCGUAGCGAAGCUUCGAGCAACGCGACGGCAGAGGAAGGCGCCAGCCCAGGCAGUGUCGAUCGCGCAGAUGACAGAGAUUCCAAAUCGCUGGAGUCGUGUCAAAGAGCUGUCUGAGGACGUGCUUCAGUUUGACUUCAACAAUGCUCAUGCGCGCUGGCUGCGGGGUUUGGCGUUGAAGAGCAUGGGGAAAGCAAAAGAGGCUGAAGAGGAGUGCCGCAGGGCGGUCGACUGCGCUCGCUCUCAGGGCAAGGAUGCCGAGGCCCGGCAGUGGGACAAGGAGCUCCAGGAGACCUUCGGUGGAACCGCCACCGGUUCCAGGACGUCGGAGGGCGCAGCCGCAGUUGACGCUGAAGUUGCCGGAGGACAAGCCGGAGUCCAGCCAGCUGCGAAGAAGGCAGCACCGUCGCCGGCGCUGCAGAAGGGCUUCUUCAAUCGAACAAGCCGGAAGACAGAGGGGACGGACCAAGGAAAGGACAGCGACGAGGCUAAGACAGCCCAAGGCGGUCUCAAGGAAAAGCACUCAGCCAAGCCAAAUGAGAGGGAGGUUGAGUUGGAGCAAGAGCUCACCAGCCUGCGCAAGAGCCUCCGGGAUCAAGAGGCCGAACUGCAGAAGAAAGUUAUGUCAGCAGAGGCCAGGAAUGCUGAGGAGCAGCAUUUUCGAGAAGGCAGCGAGGCACUUCUCCAGGAGUUGGAAGACUGUAUUCGUGCGGUUGCUCCGAGUACGUCAAGCUCGAGCUCCCCAGCUGCACAGGUCGCCAUCCAACAGGCAACAGAGCGCUCACAGGCCGGCAAAGCCUGGGCAGAGAAUGAGCAGCAGCGGUACGUAGAAUUUUCCACGGAGGUGCUGACACUUCAAGAGAUGUCGGUGAGGGAGUUUCGUGAACAAGAGGAUGCCGCCUCGAAGCAAAGCAAAGAACUUCGCGAGCUUGCCAAGCGCUUUGGCGACCUUCUGAGGUCGGCGAAGCGGCUGGACGGGUUUGUCAGGGAGCAUUCUUCGGGACGAGAGAUAGCAGACCCAGAUGUUCAGCACAUUGCACAACAAGUUGCGGACUUCCACAGCCUCCCGUGGACGAGUAAGCUUUCUGCCAUGCUUGACGACGGAGCAGUCCUGCGAAUCAUUACCAUGUUUUCU